AUGAUCCGUUGGAAGUCCGUGAAGAGCAGCUUGCUCUUUGGCGCUAUUUGCUUCAUGUUAUUGUUACUGGACAAAAGCCUCGUCGAGUAUAACGAGAAACAGGAAAAGAACCCAUAUUUGGGCAAUAGUUAUGCACCACGCAAGGACAGCGGUAGUCCGGCAAAUUCGUGUGACCCUUCGGUGAUCGCCGAACUGAAUAGGCUCAAGAAAGCUGUCAAUAAAGCGAAAUGUACUGCCAACAACGGCAAGGAGAUGACCUGCAUGCGAGAUGAAACUGAAUUCUACUUCCCAUUUUCAUUCAUCAAAAAGCAGUACGAUGUCUCUGGUAAAAUGUCGAAAGAUGGCAGUCGCUUUGAACUCUUCACUUCCUACUCGAAAAUUCGCGUACCGGAGGGUGACUCAUACGAUCCAGUGGGACCAUUUGGUCACUUUGCCACGUACAGCGUCGAGACAAGGGACCGAGUUCGCUGUAUCAGCGCAGAGAGCGGUGUUCCUAUGUCUACGCAAUGGAAUGCGACACCAUAUUACUACCCAAUCCAGAUUGCGCAGUAUGGCCUGCAACAUUACAGCAGGAUGUUAGUUAACAAGACUGACGAGGAUGCGAUCGAAAAGGGCCUGCAGAGUAAUGAAUGGAAGGGGUCGUCAGACUCACAAGAUUCAAGUGAACGUGUAUUUUAUCAUGACGCUGAGAAAGGCAACUUGGUCAACAUCACUACAUCUGGUGAAUUGUCCAAUGCCGGCUGUUACGUAUUCCUGGACCAAUCGCCUUUACAUCAUGUUAUUUCGUUGGAAUGGCUGCCUAUUCAAAAUGCUUCGUUCUCCAUCCUCGUACGGAUUAUCGAAACGGACAUCUUAGUGCUUCUGAACUAUGUCACUCAUCACGAUUCACGCUGCGUUUGGAACGAUUCCGUGUCUUUCGCAGGUCUGGAACAGGUUCGUUCAUUGUUUAAAAUUGAUAUUCAUGUAAUUCCUUAUAUAUUGAAUUAUGCUCAGGUAUCCUUUUCGUUCUCCCUUGGUGAGCUUCGAAAUGAUUGGCAAUCUAUCACUCGAGAUGCCUUAGUGGACACUUCACGGGCGUUGUCAAGUAUGAAUACAAGUAAGAAGCGGGAAGGCAAUGUAGUGCUCCACCCAGGAGACAUCAAGCUAGUGUCGAUUGGAUUUCGUGGUGCUGUGGUCGUCAGGCAGAAAAUUGUACAGGCUCGAAAUGCUCACAUGAAAUUCUUCUUGACAGCGGCUGAUUGGCUAGUGUCGAAUCAGGAUGACGAGGGCGGAUGGUCAGUACCUGUAGAGCGAGCUAUCGCGGAACGCCGUCUCGUGCUUGAUGCUGGUUGGCAUUCGGCUAUGGCACAGGGUCAUGCUCUUUCUCUUCUCACUCGCGCACAUGCUGUCACGAAAAAUGCCAGUUAUCUCACUGCAGCCAGCAAUGCGCUCGAUUUAUUCGAAAAGGAUGCUUCCGCGGGUGGAAUACGUAACAAAUUAUUCGGCUACGAUUGGUAUGAAGAAUAUCCCACAACUCCGGGCAGCUUCGUUCUCAAUGGAUUCAUUUACUCCUUGAUUGGUUUGUACGACUUCAAAAGUGUCAAAGUGAAUAGUGAAGCACCGGAAAAGGUACACAGUGGUGUUGAACGGGCGUCGAGAAUGUUCUCUACGGGUAUGGACUCUCUGCGCGCUUUGUUACCUCUGUAUGAUACGGGAAGUGGUUCAAUCUAUGACUUACGACACGUAGGACUGCACACGGCGCCGAAUCUAGCAAGAUGGGAUUAUCAUGCUGUACACGUUUAUUUGCUGAAAUGGCUUGUUCAAAUAACGGGCGAUAAGUCGUUGAACGAAACGGCAGAUCGGUGGAUAGCGUAUUCGUGGGGACGAAAAGCGAAACACAACUGA